AUGCUUGAGAAAAUCAUUCGGCUUGCCGACGGCGACUCGUAUUCUAUUCUCUCCCCGCGCUGGAUAACCCGCAUCUUCGUGGCUGGCGAUGUGGCAUCUUUCUUGAUACAAUCAUACGGAGGAAGCAUGGUCUCAAAGCCAACCGCGACGGAGUCGUCCAAGAAAGCAGGCCAACAAAUUGUCCUCGCCGGUUUGGCAGUACAAGUGGCCUUUGGUGUGCUCUUCACUAUCGUUGCCGGAGUCUUUCACCGGCGCAUUUGUAAGGCCUUCACUGCCGCAGGUGUCUCGCAAGAGAUCCACUGGCUGAUGACGCUCUACGGCGUCAUGGUACUAGUCACUAUUCGCAACAUCUUUCGCAUCGCUGAGCACUCUAGCGGCCAGGACUCUUCCCUGAUGAAGAAUGAAUAUCUGCCGUAUCUCUUCGAUGCUACCCCGAUUUUGUUGGCGUUGCUUUGGUUCAACUGGUACCAUCCUUACAAGAUGAAGAAAACCGCGCCGUUUGGCUAUCCGUUGACGAGCACUGCCUGUUGA